AUGGGAGACGAGAAUGAUGGAGAGACCAUCGGAGACGAGAAUGAUGGAGAGACCAUCAGAGACGAGAAUGAUGGAGAGACCAUGGGAGACGAAAGUGAUGGACAGGCCGAAGGAAACACAUCAAAAGGAGAGACCAUGGGAGACGAGAAUGAUGGAGAGACCAUCGGAGACGAGAAUGAUGGAGAGACCAUGGGAGACGAAAGUGAUGGACAGGCCGGAGGAAACACAUCAAAAGGAGAAACCAUAGGAGAUGAGAGUGAUGGAGAGACCAUGGGAGACGAGAAUGAUGGAGAGACCAUCAGAGACGAGAAUGAUGGAGAGACCAUGGGAGACGAAAGUGAUGGACAGGCCGAAGGAAACACAUCAAAAGGAGAGACCAUGAGAGGAGAAUGA